AUGGCCAGUCAAUCCCAGCCUGAUACGGCCGAGCCGAGAGUACCUGAAUUCAUCACCGCCGAGCUUGCUCGAGCUCUAAAAUCCGAUCCUCGAAGUGAUAUACAGCGCAGAUACCACCAUAAUCAUAAAGGCAUGAUAUAUAUGCCGAAGCUUUCUUCUCAAAUGGGGGAGAUUGAGCAAUUUUCAGUCAGCUUGUUAGACCAGCUUAGGUCCGCAAUCAAGGAACCAUGCCGCCACGUUGAGCGAUUAAACGAUGUCCUUUCGUGCCUCGUACUUAUCUGGGUUGACUCUCAUGAUCCCCACUUCCCUCCGGAUGCUGAUUCUAAAGCGCAUAACCUCCUAUCUCGGUUAGGAGCCUGGCCCGCUCAAUUCAGCCAAGCCUUCUCUGCUAUAGAGGGGAUUGACCUCUAUUGCCGUCCCGGUUCUUCAAGUGAAGAUAUUUCCAGGCCAACUUCCUUGUCUGUCUCACACCAACCCAACAUUAUUGAAGUACGAAUAGCUCUAGUAUUGAUAGGGUUAACAAGUAGUCAAGUCUUACGCUCGGGCUGGGAUGAUUUAGCAUUUAGGCUCGCGGUAUUACUCGACUAUCUUUAUGAUCUCAUUCAUUUACACGUUACCUCAAGUUCGGACGUUAAUGCUGGUAAUGUUGUUAUUGAGUGGUAUCUCCGAUGUACAUGGUAUCGUACCACUGUCUUAUUCCUCUGGUCUAUAAUAUGUCGUCACCUUCGAUUUGGGUACGACAUCGAGGUUGACCAUCUGAUUUCCUUGAAAGGGGGACGUCGCCUCUUAGAAGACAUUCCCACUCUAGCCGAUAUUUCACCCCAUUCCGAAAAGACAGACCAGCCCCCAGCAGCACCAUAUAUGUGCAAUUGGGCACUUCAAUUGCUCAAAACAGACCAAGCAUCACAUGGGUUGGGGGUCACAAGCCUUGUAUCAUCAUUCAAUCGUUUGUUCCAAGGUCUGAAGCCCAGGUGCUCACCGCUACGAGACAAACCGUGUAGCGGGGCGCACCCGCUAGAUUGUGGUCGUUUCACAGAUCGAAGGCUAGUCAAGCCCGACCAAUCUAUACAUGAUACUGGCUGUCCUGGAUGCUCGAGAAUCAAAUGGGACGAGUCGAGUUAUAACAGCUUACAAGGGAAACCAAGAGCAGUAGGGAUAAACACGUCUCAUAAUUUGGCUGAGUACGUCGAAGCAUCACAUUCCACUCUAGCCAUUAGCCAUGUUUGGAGUCAUGGCCACGGCGGUCGGCCAAGUACUGGCAUGAAUUUUUGUUUACACCGACGUUUCUCCAAAAUAGCCAGACAGCAUGGAUGUGAUUCAUAUUGGAUUGAUACCCUCUGCAUCCCCGAAGACCAUACCCGGAGAUGGGAAGCAAUAUUAUUCAUUAACCAAAUAUUUCAAAUUAGCAAAGUAACCAUUAUCAUUGACCAGGACCUUAUGAGUAUCAAAGUGGCGGAUGCAGAUCAGAAAGACCCAAGUCGAGAAACCGCCGAAAACGUACUUGUGGCGCUUCUGCUAUGCGAUUGGAACGUUCGGGCAUGGACGAUGUUGGAAGCUGUUAAAGGAUCCAUAAACCUACAUGUCCUAUGCUCUGAUAAUCGAACAAUCUCAGUUCGUAGCUGUCUAGAGAAGCAGUGUUACGAAGGAUACCUCGACCUUGCUCUAUUUUUCCUCUCAACGCGACAUCUCCUCCCUAUUAAUCAUAAGUCUAUCGAUGAAGAUACGUGGGGUCAAAUCCAACAGCGAAGCCUCGAAGAUGCAGCUAGUAUGCUAAGCCAUCGUCAUGCUACUAGGAAAGGUGACGAGAUUGUAAUCUGGUCAUUACUUAUGAGCGAAAGAAAGACAUAUUUCAAGGCAGAAGACCUUUGGAUCGACAUGGUCGAGCAAGAUAUAAAUACGGGGUUUUUGAUGUCGGAUGUACCAAGAAUCAACAUUCCCCUUUUCUCUUGGGCCCCAUCAAGUCCAUAUGCACGAGAAUCAGAAUAUGGCCGAGGAAAGGAAGGACAAUCGAUUCUCGUGUACAAUGGCGAAGGUAGCUUCACUGCUACCAUCACAGAAAAUGGGCUCUACGGAACUUGGUUGGUGCAUUAUCUUCGGCCUCAUGAUGUUAGAGAUUGUGAUCCACGUCUUAAAGAUGCUUACGAUCUUUUCCAACAGUACUCAGAUGUUGCGCUCCUCUGUCCCAUAAAAAUGGGCGGGACUGGAGUACCGUAUACGGGAUAUAAUACAGGUCAAAAUCGCGGCAGUGAAGAGAACCUAUCUUUAUUUGCGAUUUGCGCCUCGAAUAACAAGAAGCAGUGGAAAUGGCAAAAGGUCGUGAAGUUAAACGGAAUGAACUUACAUCUGGUUAAUAAACAGAUGACACUAAUUUAA